AAGCCAAUUUUUUUUAUUUCUCGAUUUUUCGGAGUGUCACCCUACACAAUAACAAGUACAAAAAUUUCUAUAUCAAAUGCUGGAGUUAUAUAUUCAGGAAUACUUCUAAUUUAUUAUAUCUAUAUUAUUGAAUUAUCUGCUAGUAAAGGACUUGAUGUAAUCAAUGUAAAUGAAUCAAGUAAUUUGCAUGAUAUAUGGUCACUUCAUAAUCAAUUAUCUUCAUCAGUAAAUGAUUUAAAUACUUUGUAUUCAAUACAAUUGUUUUUGUGGGUUUUUUCAAUAUCUUUUAAUACAAUUUCAAGAAUUUAUAUCUUUUUUACAACAACACUUGUGACAUCCAUCUAUUGGAACUUGAGAGAAAUUUGUCUUGAGAGAUUAUUAAUUGGACACUAUUUUCUCAACUAUUCAUUCAAUUUCAAAGCAGCCUUUGGAUUCUUUGUUGUUGACAUUCAACUGCUUCUUUCAAUAGCUGGAUCAAUAACAACGUAUCUUGUUAUAUUAAUAGGACCCACCAGUUUAUCAAAUUGA